AUGGCGUACUCCACCAGCACUCUGGCACAGGGCUGCUUUGGGAAGGUGUACAAAGAGAAGUACAAUGAUACCUGGGCAGCUAUAAAGAAGGUCCCCCAGCAGCUCAUCCCCAGGAAGGACCUGGAGAGAGAGUGUGAAGUGUACAACAAGGCGAAUCAUCCCAACAUAGUGAAGCUUCUGGGAAACAUAACUAUCAAAGACGGGAAAUGGAUCAUUCCAAUGGAGUUUAUCUUCGGAGAGGACCUAGAAACCACCAUCUUCAAGUCAUCAAAGUCUAAAAUACAGUUGACACCAGGAAAUAAAGGCACUAUCAUCAUUGGGAUGUGUGAAGGGCUGCUUUUCCUCCACUCCAAAGAUAUCGUCCAUCAAGAUCUAAAACCUGAAAACAUCAUGGUGGAACAUAACACCAACAGAGCUGUAAUUAUCGACCUGGGACUGGCCAAAUUCUUUAAACACGGUCUCAGCUCUGCCGUCGACAUGGGGAACGAGGCCUACUCAGCCCCUGAGGUGCUGCAGAGGGGAAGCCAACGGGACCAGCGCUCAGACGUGUGGGCGAUGGGGAAGAUUAUUGCUGAGCUCUGUGCCCGUGUUCGGCUGUAUACCCCCAGCGUCUGUCCUGCCAAGAUCAAGGAAACCAUACAGAGUCAGCCAUACUGCCACGCUGUCUGUAGGAUGGUAGAGCCUAACCCCUCUGUAAGGGCCUCAAUGGGUGGGGUCAUAAGUGAAAUACGGAGGGCCGGAGGUGCAGGCAUUGUCAUAAAUACACAAAAUCACCUUCUGCCACCUUCAUCACACAUUAAUGCCAGAAAUCGUUCUCCGUCACCAAACAGGUUUGAAGGUUUAAAAAGAGAUCCAUCACCAAUGAACAGGGCUCCGUCACCGUUAAACAGGGCCCCAUCUCCAUUUAACAGAGAUCCAUUACCUCCGAGCAAAUCUCCAGCACCACUGAAAUGGGAGCGUUCGCCCAAACCAGAGUUCAAAGCAUUGCGUCCUCAACCGGCACACCACCUCUUUCCUUCCCCUCAGAGGACAGAGGACAAAAAGCAGGCUCUGGUCCCGACUGGUGCACCAGAACUCACAAAGGACUUCAUGAAGAUGGCACUGUACCAAGAAGCUGCCAAAGAUCUGCCCUGCAACCUGCCCACAACAGGGAGGGUGGUGGUGUGCCGCUUUGAGCAGAAAGAUGGAGAGGUUGAAACAUGGGAGCAGAAAGAGGUGGUGACACGUAAUGGGAAGAUAAUCAAGUAUGACGAUGUCAAGUUUAACAGCAAAUAAGACUGGUCAGAAUCAGGAGUUUGCUGUUUGAUGCUACUCAAAUAGCAAUUGCAUGUGUAGGUCAAAUGUUUAAUUCAGGGUCAACUGAUUUGUAUCUUCUUAGGAAAGCAUGUGCGAAUA